CAAAGGCAAACAUGAACUCAAAAUUGAGCUUAAAUGGUGGGCGAUAAUGGCUUCUUCUUCUUCUUCUUCUUCUUCUCUUUCAAUUUCAUUAUGUUCUUCCACGUUUGUUUCUCAACAAGAAUUCAACUUAUUCCACAAAAUUGACAGACAACUCUACACCAUUUUAGUCAUCAACAUAGGCCGAGACCCCAUGGAAGCUCUCCAAAUCAUGGCCUUUUGGCUUUGGCUCGAACGUGUCGGUUUUCGACACGUCGUUUAUCGAAUGCUCCAAUUGCCCGUCCUCCUCAUCAACGAGCUCGCCGACGAAGCCCUCACUGCCCUCACCUGCAUCGUAUCCGACAACCCACCGCCCUCCUCCGACGACUACAACAAUAGCAUCCCUCUCACUCAAAAUUUCAUGAAGAAAGAAAUCUCUCUCCAGUUCCUCUAUGCCAACCGUCAAAUCGCUAUGGAAGGUAUAACUAAAAUCCUUAACGAGGUUUGUUUUAGAGCCAUGAGAGAUAUCAUGCUCAAUGCCAUUAGUCACCGGAAAAUCCCCUCCUCCGUCUCUGUCCCGCUCCCGCCACCACCACCGCCACUUUCCUUUAGAUCGUUUGAUAUCAUGAUGGAUGAAGGAGAUCAGGUACCACCAGAAGAACGAGCGAUGUUCGUAACGUUUUCAAAGGGUUAUCCCGUGCAAGAAUGGGAAGUUCGAGAUUUUUUCACAAUAAACUACGGUGAUUGCAUAGAACAUUUUCAAAUGCAGGAAGUAGAGCCGAACGAACAAUCAUUAUUUGCUCGUAUAGUUUUCAGAUCGGCUUCAACGAUCGGCUUGAUCUUAGGAGGACAGCCAAGAAUGAAGUUUACUAUCAAUGGGAAACAUAUAUGGGCUCGAAAGUUCAUUCCAAAGCAUCCGCCGUCGCCACAGCCGCCCACGGCAGCUGUGGCAGCAGUUCAGCUGCAGUCUCCACCGUUUUACCCUUAACAAUGGAAGAAAGGCGGCGGCAGCGGCGGAGAUGCUGUUUUGAAUUGUAUUUUCAAAUAUGGAAAGUGAUCAGGAUUAACAUCCUAUUUGUCUUAUUUGAAAAAAAGUUAGAAAUAAAAUAAUAUUUUCACGGAAAAUUGUUUA